ACACUGGCUUGUUGUAGUGGUUUCAGGUUUGAACACUGUGCAGAGUGCCGUCGAACGGUUUAUGCGCAUUUUGUCCUUUUGCCGCAUGCGCACAGUUAAGAUAUCCAUCUAAAACGUGCGUCUGUUGUAGUGUUUAUACUGUUUAUAGCGUCCCGGCGUACUGUAGUGGUAGUGUCCAUACCGCCGUUUUCCAUGUAGCCUGCGUUUAGCCGCCAUUUAGGCUUUGUGUCUCUGGUGCAACGGUCAAGCGUCUGUGCGUCUGUAAGUGAGCUGCUUCAUUGUUGUUCGUGCGGCCCGUCAGUUGUCGUAGCGGGUAAAGGCCAUCAUUUCGGUACGUCCAUUGACGUUUUGUUCAGCCGUUCACCGGUCCUAGUCGAUCGAAGUCAACGGAGUGCGGGAAAGAUCCCGGUUAGGUACUUAUAUAACCUUUGCGCCGACGGUGAAUACGACACGAUUGCUGCUGUUCCGACGGCAUACUGAAGAAGGUCCGACAACGUAGUGUUUCAGACCGAUUGUUUAUUAUCGUUUGAUUUUCCAUUGUCUGUUGUGUGUGGACGGUACUGAUUUGUUUGAGCAACGAACGUUUGUAAUAAUGAACAAUAUGGAAGAGAUGAACACUGAUGAUCAGCUUGUAACAAUUCAUUUUGAUAAUGAUGCAGAUGUCGAAAUGGAGAAAUCAUAUUUAAUUGAACAUAGUGCAUAUUUUCAAGCUAUGUUCAGUGGAUAUUUUGUAGAAUCUCAAGCAGGACACAGAAUACAUAUAAGGGAUAUAAGCUUUGAUGGUUUUAUGAAAGUCAUUACUAGUUUGAAAUCUAAUAAAGUAGUUUUCAAUGGCAUAAAAGAUUUACUCCUUAUACUGGAAGUAGCACAACUCCUACAGUUUUCUUUCAUAAUUUUUGAGUCUAUUAAAAUUAUUAAAGAAAAGUUUCUCUUUACAAAUCAUGCAAUAGAUAUAUUUCCAGAAGUUUCCAAGCUUGGAUUGCAGAAUUUAUUAGAUAAAUCACGUGCUUAUAUUUUAUAUAACUUUACUACAAUAAUGGAAAAAAAUAAAUUGGGUUUCAUGCAACUAAAUGAAAGAGACUUACAAUCAUUGUUGAAUAGCAAUAGUUUAAAUGUGCCCAACGAAAAAGAUGUAUAUGAUUUGAUUAUUGAUUGGUGUGCUAGAAACAAUAAUUACAAUUUUGAGUAUGAAUUGGCUGUUAGUUGUGUGCAUUUUAAUACCAUGUCUAAUGAGGAAUUGGAAUGUUGCAUUUUAAAAACUAAAAAUGUAAUUUUACGAGACGUCAUCAAGCCAUACUUAGAUAUAUCAAGAGAGAAUCAUGAUACAGUAUCUUUAAUUCGACCGAUUAGAUGUAUUCCUUAUGUUUUGUGUGCUGUUAAAAAUGAAGAUGAUGGCCAUUCUUUUAUCUACCGCUGGGAUUGGAGCUGCAUGCAGUUUACAAAGUUUCUAAGAUUGGAUCCAUUGCCUCUUGAUACUACUGGAUAUCACGUGUUUAUUAAAGAUUUAGAUGUUUAUGUGUUGGCUGGAGAAAUUGCAUUUGGAAGAGGAAUGUGGAACAAGGAAGGAUGGAAGUAUAAUUUACUGACCGAAAAUUGGAAGAGAUUAAAAGAUUUUCAUCCAUCCAGCAGACGCCAUGGAGUUGGAUAUUUUUGUGGUGAUAAUUUGUAUUUAAUUGGAGGUCUUACAAAACAUAGAUUGCCAAAUCAAGUUAUCGAGCACUAUGGCUAUGAUAGCGUGAACGAUACACUAGUUCUAGUUAACAACACUGUAUGCCCAUAUUUUCAACAAAGAGCAAAUAGAGUAUAUUAUACUAGUUUGGAGUACAAAGGUAACUUGGCAUUGAUAACUAAAGAUAAUGAACCAACAUGGUAUGACUUAACUAUAAAUCCAUUUAACAAAGGAUCUUAUAAGUGGAGAAGACGCGUAAUAGAUAUAGAUGAAGUGGUGAUUUGUGCAACCGCUAUUGGUGAUAUUGUUUACAUGCUUACUUAUGACCAAAAGCGUGUUAUUAGUUUACACAGUUUUUGUCCAAUGUUUGAAUGCUGCCAGAAGUUGAAAUCUUUUACUAUAAGAUAUGAUGAAUCUUCUACUAUGUGUGCUUUUAAUGUUGAUAAAGCUAUGGUGUUUAAAAACGAUACUUUUGAAUAUUUUUCUGUUGAUAAUGACUACUUUAUAGAAUACAAAAUUCAAUUGAAUUCCUUUCAUUCUGACUAUUUAUUCAGUGUUCCUAUUUAUAUAAACAAAACAUAUUAAUUUAAUUUUAGUUAAGUUUUAUAAUUUAUAUUAUGUUCUUUAGUAUAUAAUCUAAGUUUAUGGAACUUAGUGAUGUUGCAAACUACUAAGUUAUAAUUUAUAUGUUGAACAUGAUUUAUUUUCUUUAUUAAUUAUCGUACAAAUUACAUUUUAAUUUUCAUUAAUUAUAUUUAUAUUCUUUUUAAACUUAACUUAAGUUAUAUUAUUGUAACAUUUAAUUAUUUAUGUAUAUUUUAUUUUUUGAGUUUCUUAAUUUUUGUGUACGAACUAUGAAGCUUUAGUUGUAUUUAAUAUUUUUGUAAUAUUUGUUAUACAAUGUAUCAUGGUAUGUUUUACCAUUUGUCGUGUUAAAUUUCUAUGAACAUUUUUAAAAAUAUUAAAUUAUUUACAAAUCUAUUAGCUUUCAAAGUAAUGAUAAAAUAUUUGUUUGAUUAAAAGUAAAGUAUGUAUACUCGGCCAUUCUAUAAUUUAUUGAUUUAAAUAAGUGUAUAAUUUUAAAUGAGUUGAACUCAAUUGAAUGACAUGCUCAACCAUAAGUAUACUAGGUAUGAGAAGUACUUAUGAUCUUACAUUUUGUAUCAUUCCUAAAAUAUUUUUUUUCUAAAAACUAAUUUUUUGUUCUAUCACACAAUUUUCUAUGUAAUUGUACUAAAAUUAGUCAAUAAAUAUUAGAAAGCCUGAGUAAAAAUAAUUAAAAAUGUUAGUAUAAAAUGUAAUAUUAAUAGUUGAUGAAUACAUUUUGUUUUCCAUUGCAAAUAGUUAAAUGUUUAAUUGCAAAAAACUAAAAAUUUAUGUUAUAAUUUGGAUUAUGUUUAAUGUUAAUUCUUAAAGUCGAGAUGCUAUUAAAAUGUGCUAUGUUUACGUAUGGUACGUGGUAUGUUCUAGCUUAAAUUCUUUAAGUUUGUAUGUUGUUACCACAUAUCAUAAUAUUUAUGCAAUGCAAUGCAAAAAGUAUAUUGAAUUAAGUGUGUUUUAUUGACUUGACAACAUAAGUGUUACUUGUUUUAUCUACUCAAUUGUAAAAUAAGUUUCCUUCUCAAUGUUAUUAAAAAUACUAUUAGUUAUAUUAAAAAAAGAAAGGUUUUGUACUGUACAAAUAUUAACAAUACAUUUAUCUUUUUAAUUUACUAUACAAGUUAAAUGUAAAAUCAUUUUUUUAAUUUUAUUAUACAGUUAUUACAUAGUUAUAUGUUAGAAUAUUAUAAUACAUAAUGCUUGACUGUCUUGAUAUUUUAUGUUAACAUGUAUGUUUCAUACAAAUAAAUUUAUGUCAAGUAAUUUUUAGUGUAACCGUUAUUAUGAUGUUUAAUAAAUUAACUAUACGGGUAACGGUAACCCAAUAUUUUUAUUUUUAAGAAAUCAUUUUAUUUGUAAUUGUUUAGUUGUAUUUAUGACUCGAUGUCAUUGUGAUACUUGUUUGUAUCAUAAUUAACAAAUCAUGUUCUUUGUUUUUUAAAUUAUUUUAAAAUAUCUCAUUAUUAAUAACUUAAUUCAUUUAAACUAUAAUAUGUCCUAUCAUUUAGUUGCUAAAGAUAUUUGAAAUAAUUUAAAGUUAUAUAAAAUAGUAUAAGUUAUAAGUAUGAGUACAUACCUCAAGUGGAACUUAAUAUUUUAUUGGUAACUAAUUAUAACUUUUGUUGUUUGAAUUACUGGAAAUCUAUGUUGGACAUAAAAACUAUGAUAAGGUAUUUUCUAACAGAUGUUUAAAGUGAAUAAAUAUUCCAUUUAUUGAUUUAUAAUUGUUAUAUUAUAAGUAAUAAAAAAAAAUUAUACUUAAAGGAA